AUGUCGGGAAAGGAUAAACUUCCGAUUUUCCCCUCUCGGGGAGCUCAAAUGUUGAUGAAGUCUCGGUUAGCUGGAGCACAAAAGGGACAUGGCCUUCUCAAGAAGAAAGCUGAUGCUCUGCAAAUGCGUUUCAGAAUGAUCUUGGGAAAGAUUAUUGAGACAAAAACUCUUAUGGGAGAAGUAAUGAAAGAAGCAGCUUUUUCCUUGGCAGAAGCUAAAUUUACUACUGGCGACUUUAACCAAGUGGUACUCCAAAAUGUAACCAAGGCACAAAUCAAGAUUCGUUCAAAGAAAGACAAUGUAGCUGGUGUCAACCUGCCUGUGUUUGAAUCAUAUCAGGAUGGUACGGAUACAUAUGAGCUGGCUGGUUUGGCUAGAGGUGGACAGCAGCUAACUAAACUGAAAAAGAAUUAUCAGAAAGCUGUGACACUUUUGGUCGAAUUGGCCUCACUGCAAACUAGUUUUGUCACUUUGGAUGAAGUUAUUAAAAUCACAAAUCGUCGUGUUAAUGCUAUUGAGCACGUUAUCAUUCCGAGAAUCGAAAGAACCCUGGCUUAUAUUAUUUCUGAGCUUGACGAGCUUGAGCGAGAAGAGUUUUACCGUUUGAAGAAGAUUCAGGAUAAGAAAAAAUUGACCAAAGCCAAGAAAGAAGCUCAAAAAGCAGCAAUGAUAGCAGCAGGAAAUGAUGAGAUCAGAGAAGUAGCUAAUAUGCUUGAUGAAGGUGAUGAUGAUAUACUAUUUUAAACGUUAAAUAAAAUAAUAUAGAUUGUUCGAAAUGCAAAAAAACAUUUCCAUAUAAAAUAAAUCAAGUUUAAAUUUAUGUACAAUAUUUGGCACAAUGAGUCUCUGAUGCAGGUUAUGCAAGGCUCCCAGCUAAUCUCAAUCACAGACUCAUUGUUUAUUUCAAUUUCUAACAAUCAGUAUAUUUAAUAAUUUUUUCUUGAUAAAUAUUGUACACAUAUUAUUGUUAUUAUUUUACUUUAUGUGUGCAGUAUAUAAUUUUUAAUGAAUGUCACGAGAACGAAUUGUAACGUAAAUAAUCAUGAAUUUUAUAUUUAUUAUUGUUAUCAUUAUUAUUAAACGAAAAGCAAAAAAAUAAGAUACGUUGAGAUAAUACCUAUUUUUCUCUUUCACAAACUCUAUUAAUGUAAUGAUAUGUAUGUCUAAGUAUUAUAAGAUUGGCGCAAAAAGUUAUUAGAUAAUAUUUUAAGAUUUGAUUGCUAAAUGUAUUAAAAUUAUCUGUAAAGUAAACAAAAUUACAUUUGG